AAACGUGUGUGUGUGUGCCAGUCAGCCAGUGCAUCGCGCCCCUUCUGCACGCAUCUCUCUCUCUCUCUCUCCCUCUCUCUCUCUCUCUCUCUCUCUCUCUCUCUCUCUCUCUCUCUGCCUCUCAGCAAAGGGCGAUAUCAGCGGCACCACUGUCACUUUCAAACGACCACACAGGGACAUGUACUGACGCGGAGGACGCAUCGAAACCUGCUCUCCAAGGCGGCAUAUUGAUUCAAGCAUCACUUUGGUGGAUUAUUAUUUUACUGUCAACAAAAAGUCAACGAUGGAGGAAUCCAGCUCACAGAAGUUGGUUUGGGACGGCGACGCCAAAGCAGUGCAGCAGUGUCUAACGGAUAUAUUCACCAGUGUCUACACCACAUGUGACAUUCCGGAAAAUGCCAUUUUCGGGCCUUGUGUUUUGAGCCACACGUCGUUGUAUGACAGCAUAGCCUUCGUAGCCCUCAAGUCAACGGACAAACGAACGGCGCCAUACAUAUUCAGGGUGGACACGUCAGCAGCCAACAGCACGUCUGAGGGCUUGAUGUGGCUACGGCUCGUGCAGUCGGCGCGGGACCGGGACGAGCAGAACCUCGAGGCCUACGUGAAGAACGGUCAGCUGUUCUACCGGUCUCUCCGGAGGAUCGAGAAGGAUGAGGAGCUGUUGGUCUGGUACGGGAAAGACCUGAUUGAGCUGCUGCUGCUGCUUAGCGCUGGUAAAGCGCCGGUCAAGACCAAGGGGUCGGCUCCCUAUUCGUGUCCUGACUGCAACCAGCGCUUUCAGUUUGAGUUCCCUUUCCUGGCCCACCUGAGGUUCCGCUGCACCAAGAGACUACAGAGCAUGGCGGCGGGCGAUGUAGACGAGGAGGUCCACAGUAAGGAGCCAAGCACCGAGCGCCCUAACCCCAACCUUACAAAUACCACACCCACCAGGGCAAGCCCUAAACUGGGCCGCUCGGAGGGGGACAACGCCAAACCCUCCACAGACUUCCAUAACCUAGCCAGGGACCUAGAGAACAGCCGGACUAGCCCACCCAGCGACCGCGAGGCUGAGAUACGCAGCGAGAGCUCUGGGAAGAGGAAGUUCUCAGAGGUAGAGGACAGGGAUAGAGAGAGGGACAGGGAUGGUAGCAGGGCCUCUCUGAGUCUGUCUCAGGCCCUCAAGUCUAAGGAGGAGCUGGCGAGCUCGGCACAGAACUACCGGGGAGCGUACGGCCUGGAGGAGAACCGACGAGGGCCGACCUUCUCCCCACCAGGGUCGGGGUCCACCGAGUCAGGUGGUGAGGGGAAACGCAGCGCCUUCACCGAGGUCAAGAAGUCUCCACAGAGCCUAAAGACGCACGGUAACAGCAGCAGCACCAAAAACCUACAGAACUCCAACGCCGAAAACAAGGACGGAGGUCGUCCCAGCCAAGGCGGCAACCCUACCCAGGAGAAGCAUCUCAACAUCAGGCAGGUUCUGUCGGAGACUCAGCCUGUCCAAUCACAGACCCGCAUGGAGGCCUCUCCGCUAGGGAGCGCCUUCACCUCCGUAGCCCAGCAUGGUGGGGGGAACAGCGGGGAGAGGAAGAGCGCUUUCAGCCAACCCUCUCGCCACGCUACCUCCUCCUUCUCCCAGAUCUCUCCUCUGGUCAUGGCCACGCCCAAACUCCUGGACUGCCACCCGGCGGUGGGCGACACCAUCUCCUCCUCUAGACUCUACCAGGCAGACCACCUGGUCGCCAAACUCCACGGCGCUGAGCUGGGCACCAAUUGCCCUGUGCCGGGCGCCAUGUCCAAGCAGAGCCCGUUCCUCUACGCAGCGGCUGCUGCCACAGCCUUCUGGCCUAAGAGCCAGGGCCCCAUCCAGCUGCAGAUGCCCUCAGCGUUAACCUUACUCCCCCCCUCCUUCACCUCUCUGUGUCUGCCCGCCCAGAACUGGUGCGCCAAGUGCAACGCCUCCUUCAGGAUGACCUCUGACCUGGUGUACCACAUGAGGUCGCACCAUAAGAAGGAGUUGGCCAUGGAGCCGAUGGUCAAGAGGAGGCGUGAGGAGAAACUCAAGUGUCCAAUCUGUAACGAGUCGUUCAGGGAGAGGCACCACCUCUCGCGUCACAUGACCUCCCACAACUGACCUUUAGAUAAAUAGCAAACCGUUUUCACACUGCUAGGCCAAGCUGAACUGAGCCAAGCUGAACUGAGCCAAGCUGAGCUGAGCCAAGCUGAACUGAGCCAAGCUGAGCUGAGCUGGGUUACGGACUUGCAUCAGAUGAAGGAACCCUUUGCCGCAAAGGACACUGUGUAAAGAAAAUACUGUAGCCGAGCCAGCACAGUAUGGCUCAGUCAUCCAUGAAGUUACUGGGACAGAUCAUAAAGGACAAAUAGAAGAUAAUAUGCCCGAGCCAGGUCAGCACAGUACGGUUUGGGUCGGCACUAUAGUGGGAAAAGGUUAUCACAUCACUGACCAUGGGGAAUAACUUUUUUACCAUCUGGUAAACAGACAUGGAGUUAUUGGCUGGCUGACUGCCUGGCUGACUGACUGGCUGGCUGACUGGCCAGCUGACUGGCUGACUGACUGAC